AGUUUUGAUCAGAGCUGCUAGAACUGUGCCCUACCCUGCCCAUAAAGCGAAUUCAACAUCGUUUGUUGCGCAUUUGAAAUGCAAUCUGAGGCCACAUCGACUGGCUAGUCCUGCGAAUAUAUCAAACAUCAUCCACAGAAGUCACCCUUAAUGCAAAACACAAAGAAGGAAGGGCGCAUGCUCGCAACUUUUCAACCACCAUUGGACAGACACAGACCCCAUGCACCGGUUGCCCCAAAACGGGCAGUUGUUGAGUUGUAAACAAAAACAAGUUAUAGGAAAGAGAGUGACUGCAAAAAUUUCCCUGCUGUGUGGCGACAUUACAAGUAUACUGGUAUAUGGAGGUUGGCAGUUGUCAGUUGUUCUGAAUGUCAAACGGAGCCCUGAACUGAAGAAGAACGACGCGACGCCAAGGAAAUUAUUGAUUUUCACAUGUGAAGUGAAAAAUAUUAAAUUCGACUGUGACGGCGAGAAGAAAAUUGAAAUCGGGAUUCCUGUAAAGUCGUUCAGUCUUUGAGGCGCUGCUAUUUAGUGCGCGCAGUGAAGGAAGUGCAAGAUUCGGAGAGGAUACCUGGGCGUAGCCCAGUUUAGAAAAACAUGGCCGACAGUGAAUUCGAGGAGUUCCAUCGGCCCAUAUUUCAAUCACACACAAUUGCAACCUUCAAUGCAGGUGUGGGCGUCAAGAACAGUCCGCAGGCAUUUUAUUCGCUAAUACCAAAUGAUGAGCUGGAGGAUACACAGUCGUUGAAGAGCGAUGCCUCCGAUCAGGAGGAGGUGAGCGUGGAUGCGAAGCUUCAGCGCCAGCAGGUGGAGGAUGAUGAGUUGGGCGAUGGCUUAAAAGUGGUGUCUCUCUCGUCGGACGGUUCGCUGGACACAAACGAUUCCUUCAACUCGCAUCGCCAUCAUCCGCUUAACCAUCAAGAUGCCAUGGGUGGGGUGGGCAGCAACUGCAGUGAGAGUCAAUUCCUGUUGACUCCGAACUCUGCCGGGACCCAUCAGCAGCAGCAGUUGCGACGUCGACGUAAGCUUCCCGAAAUACCCAAGGAUAAAAAAUCUUCCAUUCUUCAUCUUUUAGGUGCUGGCUCCACAGCAAAUGGCACAUCCCUUUAUGGCAACCACAAUCAGUUGGUCGGUGAGUUCAAGAGCGGACCAAAUGCACAGCGCCCCUGUCAGCAACGCUCAUUUCUAACGCUCAAGUGCGGCUAUUUGCUGGACGAGGACUCCAGCCCCGAUUCAGAGCGAUUGCAGAGUCUGGGCGAUGUGGAUAGCGGCCACAGCACGGCCCACUCUCCGAACGAUUUCAAGAGCAUGUCGCCGCAGAUAACAUCACCUGUGUCCCAAUCUCCCUUUCCGCCACCCUUCGGCGGUGUCCCCUUUGGUCAGCUAGAGAUGCUGGAAGCCACUCAUCGGGGUCUGCACAAAUUCGUGCCGCGUCAUCAGGACGAGAUCGAGCUUGAAAUAGGCGAUGCCAUCUACGUGCAGAAGGAGGCCGAUGAUUUGUGGUGUGAAGGCGUUAAUUUGCGAACAGGUCGACAGGGAAUCUUUCCAUCGGCCUAUGCCGUAGACUUGGACUACAACGAGUUCGAUCCGACGGUUCAACUAGUGAAGAAGGAGCGCUACUUACUGGGUUACUUGGGCUCAGUGGAGACGCUGGCCCACAAGGGUACGGGCGUGGUGUGCCAAGCAGUGCGCAAAAUUGUCGGUGAAUACGGCAACUCCCCGAUAGGGCAGACCUGCAUCCUAGAGGUAUCUGAUCAAGGUCUACGCAUGGUCGAUCGCUCGGCACCAAAUAACAAAAAGGAGAAGAAGCCAUGCAUAGACUAUUUUUACUCUCUGAAGAAUGUUUCAUUCUGCGCAUUUCAUCCAAGAGAUCAUCGGUUCAUUGGAUUUAUAACUAAGCAUCCCACUGUACAACGUUUUGCUUGUCAUGUCUUCAAGGGUUCCGAGUCUACAAGACCCGUCGCCGAGGCUGUUGGUCGCGCCUUUCAACGUUUCUAUCAGAAAUUCAUCGAAACCGCUUAUCCAAUCGAGGACAUCUAUAUAGAGUAAAGAUCCUGCAAAUUACGCUUACCAAAACAAUUCUCUCUCUAUAUAUAAAUAUAUACAAAACAUAUAAUAUUCAUAUAUUUUGUGCAGUUGUUAAUAUAAACAAAAAAGAAAAGAUAAAUUUUGGUCCUUCAUUUGAUCAAAAGCGAAAUCAGACAGACAAAU